UUUGGACAUCGGCAAUUUGAACUAUUGUUGAUAUAGCCAUUUUAUCAACGUGAAAAGGCUAAACGUCAUGGUAUACGGUAUCACGUACACACGGCUAAAUGCUGUUUUAGCCAAUCAGUAUCCAAACUACUCGGUUUAUUAAACGUCUAUAAACAUUCUCAGCGCGGGAAUAGUUCUGCCACCAGCCAAUCGUUUCGCAGAUACGAUUGACUCCCAUCCCCGUUUGUGAUUUGUCAAGGAUUUACACAAUUCCCUCCGACGAUUGGACGGAAAAAAAAUUGGGAGCUUCUCUUCGUUCUUCCGGUUUGUAUGUUGUUGAAAAGAAAAGACGAAUGCCUGGAGAAGAAAAAAAAUACUCUACGAAUACGGAUAGUGAAAGAUGAGUUCUCAGUCAUUUUCUACAGCUGGAAUGCCUGCUCAGAGUAAUCCUGGUGGAAUGCCUGCUCAGAGUAAUCCUGGUGGAAAGCCUGCUCAGAGUAAUCCUGGUGGAAAGCCUGCUCAGAGUAAUCCUGGUGGAAAGCCGGUCUCUAUCAAUCAGUCAUCCAACCAGACAGCAGGACCAGGUGAGGACAGUAGUGGUGACAUGGACCACCAUGGUCCCCAGGACAUCCCAGCCAGCAGCAGGGGAGGACAAGAAGCCCUGUCGUUCAGAGAAGACAAGCAGGAGACUGGAGUGGUCAGACCCUACCCUCAGGUCCCGGUUCAGACCUACAGCCUGCAGUCCCAGGUCCCAGCUCUGUCCCAGCAGGUGCCCAACAGGGCGGGUACACCUGGUCAACCUGUCACCGUGUCCAACCUUCCUGUCCAACUACUGCAGGCCCAGCCUGCUGCCCUCGUCGACGGGCAAAUGAAGGCUGCCCUGAAAUCGCUGGUGCCCAGUCGUCUCAUCGCCCCAGCCUCCAGCCAGGUCCAGGGAGGUCACGUCCCUGUCCCUCUGCCCCCCAAGGUGCAGCCUGCCCUGCUUGGCCACGUCCCUCUCCCUCUGCCCCCCAAGGUGCAGCCUGCCCUGCUUGGCCACAUCACUGUCACCCUGGAGAGCCACAUGGCUCCCACCUCCUCCAUCCCUGUGGCAACCAUCAGUGGACAACAGGGCCACUCCAGUAAUCGGCAUCACCUCAUGCCAGCUAAUAUCCAGAUAAUUAGGGCUCCUUCUGUUCCUCAACACACAUUCACCUCUCACCUACCCAGAGGGGCGGUGGCUGCAGCAGUGAUGUCCAGCUGUAAAGGGCCUGCUGUUCUCAGACCAGCAUCAGGGGCCAGUGUAGGCCCUGUUCAGCACACUGUACAUCACAUCACCCACCAGUCUAUCCAGUCUCGUUCCCCUGUCACAAGCUCUACAGCAGUGGCCCCUAUUUCAGCCACCCGGAACCAGUCCCCUGUCACAAGCUCUACAGCAGUGGCCCCUAUCUCAGCCACCCGGAACCAGUCCCCUGUCACAAGCUCUACAGCCACUGGUAACCUUUCCAGUACUAUCCAAACAUCAGCCAUGAUGAUGUCUUGUGUUACCUGCUCCAGGCAUCCAGGGCUGACCAUCCACCCUCCUCCUGCCACCAUCAGUAUCCAGCGUCCCCAGGGAGCCAGGGACACAGCCACACGCAUCACCCUGCCCUCCCACCCUGCUAUAGGGGGGCAGAAACCCCAGCCCCCCCACACCAUGACACAGAAAUCCAUCUUCUGUUCUGGGACUCCGGUGGCUGCAGCAACGGUGGUACCUAUUCUAACCAACACUGGCCCAGGCACAACCACUACAGGCACUGCGUCACACACCCAGGUGACCAGCGGUACUAUCGUCACCAUGACGAUGCCCUCCCACUCCUCCCACGCCUCAGCACUGUCCACCUCUACCAUUCCAGUUGCUAAAGUGGUACCUCAGCCCAUAGCCCACACCUCYCCCCGUGUCCAAUCAGACUACCUUGGAGAGAGGACCAACCUGAUCCAGCCUAUAGCCCACACCUCUCCCCAUGUCCAAUCAGACUACCAGCCCAUAGCCCACACCUCCCCCCGUGUCCAAUCAGAUUACCCUGUAGAGAGGACCAACUUGAUCUCCAUCUCUGGCAACCGCUCCUCUCCUAACCCCGUCACCAUCGAGGCCAGGAGUGACAACAGGCCGGUGCACUUCCAGUACUUCCUGCCUACUUUUUCCUCUUCUCCGUACCCCCGGACACACACCUACACCCCCAUCACCAGCUCCGUGUCCACCAUCAGACAGUACCCAGUGACGCCCCAGACCCCUAGCUCUACUCUGCCCAGCCAGCCUGCUGUGGCCGUGCCUACUACACUUCACCUCAACCCCAUGCAGCUGAUGGCCGUCGACAGGAUUGGUUUACAGUCUGCACAAAUCAGCACCCAGGGAAUCCAGCCUCAGCCAAUGGGAGCCCAGGGCAUCCAGCCUGCACCAAUGGGAGUGCAGGGUUUACAUAGCUCUGGUCCAAUCGGCACACAGGGGAUUCAGCAGGCACCAAUCGCAGGGCAGCAGCCUGAGGCCAAACCAUCUGGGAUGGUAUUGGCUGACGGCAGUACAUUUGUAGCUGGCCCGUUUGGCGCCACACAGCCCGUUGCUACCAUGGUACAGACACACCCCCAGGGCGGAGUUGGAGGCGGAGCGCUCACCUUGGUCUCCUCCCCUCGACCCAGCAUCCUCCGCAAGAAGCCAGCCAAUGAGGGGUGUGGUGUCGGUAAGACUCUGAUCCCGGCGGUGCCUGGUGAGGCUCACAGCGGCAGAGUGGAGGGAGGAGUGAGAGGAGCAGGACAACCAAGAGCUGCAGGAGUGAAGCCUAAAGCAGAGGUUCACAUGACCAUGGUGGCUCCUCCAGUCCUAGUCAUGGCUGCAGUGGAGGCUCUACCCUCCCAGGGAGGAGCGGAGCAGCAGGCGGUCUCUUCCCCAGCCCAGCAGCACCUAUCCCAGGCUAUCCCCUCCAACCUGCUGGCCCCCCGUGGUCCUCCGCCGCCCUCCCAGCCCAGCUCCACUGCCCACCUCUCUGCCCUGCCGGCUGCCAUGGCCGUGACACCCACUGGCCCCGCCUCCAUGGCCAAGACUGUCGCCUCCCCCACCCAGCCCGCAGCCAGUAGCACGGCAGCAUGCAGCGGAGGUUCCGCCCACACAGAGGUCAAAAUCAAGCAGGAGACGGAGUCUAUGGAGAUGUAUCAACCAGUGCCCCAGCCCUCGGCGAACUCGGGCCUCAGCACCCAGCCCCACCAGACCAGGUCUCUUCACGGGGCCCCCUCCUCAGGGGACCUGGUUCCUGGUGCCUCCCCCAGGAAGAAGCCUCGCAAGCAGCAACACGUCAUUUCCACAGAAGAGACUGAGAUGUUGGAGACCAACAGUACAGAUGAGGACAGGGCUAUGGGCCACAGGCCCCUGGGCAGCAGGGCUAAGAGGAGAGAGUCCCCUCCCAGGGAGUAUGUGGAUGAGGAAGGGGUACGUUACGUCCCUGUCAGGCCACGCCCACCUGUCACUCUGCUGCGUCACUAUAGGAACCCCUGGAAGGCGGCCUAUCACCACUUCCAGAGGUACAGCGACAUCCGGAUCAAAGAGGAGGAGUCGUUACAGGACGUGGCCAACCAGAGAGGAGUAGCACGGCGAGCUCAGGGAUGGAGGAUGCACUUGUGUGUUGCUCAGCUCAUGCAGCUGUCAAACCUGGAGCAUGAUGUCUAUAGCAGACUGACGUCCCUCCAGGAGGGGCUGAUCCCUAAGAAGAGGGCCGGGGUCGACAACGAGCUGCACCGCAUUAACGAACUCAUACAGGGUAACAUGCAGCGCUGCAAGCUAGUGAUGGACCAGGUUACAGAGGCCCGGGACACUAUGAUGAAGGUUCUGGACCACAAAGACAAGGUCCUAAAGCUACUCAACCAGAACGGAGCUGUCAAAAAGUCUAACAAACUGAAACGUAAGGAUCGGGCCUAGCCCGGGCUUCCUGUUCCAUCACCAACGUCAUGGAUCUGUUCGUUAGAGCAUGUUUUUAAAAAAAAAAUUUUUUUUGCAAACGGAAGAAGAACAUGUAAAGGUUUCUCUGUGGACAAGUCAAUGGGGGGGGGGGGUGUAGUCCCUCCCUGUUUGUGUUUGUUUUCUGCUGCUUACGUGCCUAAUGAACAUGACCCACCUCUGCCCUAGCGCUACGGGAGGACAGGGUGGAAGAGGUGCUGGGAGCUAUAGAGGUGGAACUGUUGGUACUAUGACAGCUACUCAACCACACCCUCUAUCUCUGUCUGAGCACUGAAGCUGGGUGGACGACGUAACUAGAACCCUCCUGUUGCUUAAGUCUGAAAUCACUGUCUGGAAAGAAAUCCCUCUAGGAAUAUGUUCUCACUGAAGAAGACUCAACACACUGUGUCUUACAAAUGGCACCCUAUUCCCUAUAUAGUGCACUACUUUAGACCAGAGCCCUAUAGAACCCUAUUCUCUAUAUAGU